UGUCUGUGACCAGGGAGAGAGAGAGAGUCUGUGACCCGGGGGGAGAGAGGGAGAGGUGUCCGUAACCACAGGGACUGUGACAGGAGCUUGUGUGUGGUCUAAGGAGUCAGCGCCGGUCUGAGAGGGGCUGGUCUGUAGAGAGGAGACUCCUUCCUCUGGCUCUGCUCUCUAUUAUAGAGGAUUACCCAAUACAGAAACAUCUCUCUGUUACAGGGGAUUACCCUGAGAGAAACGGCUCUCUGUUAUACAACUUCUGUCCAGAGACUGAAAAUUGACCGUACAGAGACAGAAGGAGAACUUUGAACACAAAAGAGACUGAGAUACAGCAUUGAACCAGAGGAUGCAGAAGAUGCUUGCUGCCGGUGUUGGAAUGAUGCUGGUGUUGGUGAGGUUGAACUUAGGAAUGCCAAACAAGGUUCAAGAUGAUCCCAGCUCCCUGCAGGUGAUCAACCAGGAGAAGUGGGAGAGGGAUGUGCGUUCGGCCUCCAGUCUGGACGAGCUGCUCAUGCUGACAGAUUUCCCUGACUGGAAGCUGUGGAAGUGUCGUCUAAAACUCAAACACCUGGAGACGUCUCCCUCAUCCUCUUCCUCUCAGCAGCACAACCACCGUUCCUCCUCCUCCUCCUCCUCCUCCUCCUCCUCACGCCUCCUCAUCUCCGCUGGGUCACACCGCUCCACGCGCUACGCUGUAGCAUCCUACAGCCUGGAGAUACUCAAAGCCAUAGAUGAUGAGUGGCAGAAGACCCAGUGCACGCCCAGAGAGACGUGUGUAGACGUGGCAAAGGAACUGGGCACCACGACCUCCAUGUUCUUCAAGCCCCCCUGCGUGUCCGUCUUCAGGUGUAACGGAUGCUGCAACAAAGAGGGUGUAUCGUGCAGAAACACAAGUACUGCCUAUGUUAAUAAAACACUGCUGAGCGUGAUACCGUUCAAAUACGGACCUGAGCCGGUGUUGAUAAAGGUAGCCAAUCACACAGAGUGUAAGUGUAUGGAACCACCCCUGAUCCGACGGCAAGCCCAUAUACGCUCUCACAGGAGGAACGGGUGCUCUCCGAUGCGUCAGCUCUCUAAAUCAGAGGACUCCAGGCGUCUGUGUGCCAGUGGGUUGAUCUGGGACUGCAUGGCCGACCGUUGUGUGUCCUACUCCUCCACUAAACAACCAGACUUCUCUCCCAAUAUGAGAACGGUGGACUGUGACAUAGAUGUUGACAGGUGUGACUGUGUCCCAGACCACACUACACUGUCCCCACAGCCCACCCUAACCCAGGACCCAGACCAUCCUACGCUGCAGGUCACCUGAACCAUACUGCCUGUGCUAACAACAAACAGCACUUCAUCCAUGCCUCUUGCAGAUGCCAGUGAUACUCAGAAGAAUAUAACCUUUGACAUCUGCUUGGCUUUGAAAUUUGGAAGCAGUGAAAAAGUUCAUAAUUUAAUUUAUAUCGCUAUUUAUAUAUCUAACUUCAAAUAAAAUAGUUUAUCUUUCUAACCUA